AGUCAAACAGUCAAAGUGGAUAGGAGAAAAGUUGGUCGUUUUAAAACGGCACAAGAAAUCUUUAAGAAAUAUAAGAAAAAUUCGCAAUUUUCUUGAUAAAAGUGAUGGAAAAUCUUGUGUUUGAGAAAAGUUGAAGAAAAAGUGAAAGGAAAAAUAUAAGAAGUGAAGGUGUACAGAGAAUAGCGAAUAAGAAAUCAAAAAGAAGCAAAGCUCAUCUCCCCCACAAUCAAAUCGGCCAUAACCGACCGACCAACCAACCAAAUGUCAAAUGUGUCGUGAGAGGAGAGCGAAAAACAUCAACGUCGUCGUCGUUAAAUAAUACGGAAAGUAGUGGAAAGUGCAACAACAUAACUUUGUAAACAAGAACAACAACAACGGUAACAGUAACGAGAUAAUCAAAAUAAAAAUAAUAAUAGCAAAUCAAAUUGUGUUCUCGUCGUCGUCGGUCGCGUAGAUCAAACUUCUUAACGUAAUAAUAGGCAAAGAUAAACGCGAAAAGAAAGAUACAUACAGCUAUCCAUCCAUAUAUUCAAAGAUUGUUAGCUGAAGAAGAAGGAGGAGGAGAAGAAGACAUAAAAAGAUAAACAUAAAUAUUUUAGAAUUAUGGCUAGCAAUGCAGUAGUGGUUAACACUAAGCCACAGCAACAGCAAAUACAACAACAAAUACAACAACAGCAGCAGCAACAACAACAACAGAUACUACAGCUACAGCAACAGCCAACACAAUGGACAACGCAACAACAGUUGAGUGUUGUCUGCGUUAUAGACACACAACUGGGCGAUAAUCUCAAAGAUCGAGAAUGUGCCCUGGAAGAAAUAAAACAAGCUGUACAAUCUGUGGGUGCACAUUUUCAACGUGUCCUGUUCGACAAAUUGGAUUUUGGUGAGACAAAGAAAUUGGAGACAUUCUACAAUGCCGAUGUAGCUGUUAUCGAUUUAAGUAUUCAAUCUCAUCAAAGAUCCCUAUCCUAUCAUCUCGGUGUACGGGAAUCGUUCAACAUGAAAGAAAACAUACUAAUCUACAAUGAUGUUAACUCCAAGCAAACACUGAGCUUAAAGCUCUCGUUUCCCAAUUACACAUUUUUAUCGUACAAAUACAAUGCGGAAUGUGGAGUGUGUAACUUAACCAAUUUCAAUAAAGAACUACCGGCCGAUACAAAGUUGCCCACAUUACAGGCGCGGCUUAAGCGACUGCUGCAAGAUGUGGAAAUACAAUCGAAGGCCCACAUGCGAGAGAAAUUCUUGGCAGACCUGAGGCAAGCCCGUGAAACAUAUGCCACCAAUACCAAGAGAUUACAAAGUAUUCUGCAUGAAAUGCGUAAACGUCUAGAUGAUUGUCAUGUCCUAUCCGGCGAAGUGGUACACAGUUUUAUGUGUUCUCUAAGGGAUGUGCAGGAUUAUGAUGCUAUGGUGCGUUUGGUGAAUGAUUUAAAAAAUAUACCCAAUACCCGGAAAUAUGUGGAAACGGGUAAUAUGAGUUUUCUCUAUGCCUUUGCCCUGAAUCGCCGCAAUAAAAAAGGUGAUCGUGAAAAGGCUUUAGAGUCAUCCCUCAAGGCACUGGAAAAGAAAGAAAAUGAAUUUCCCGACAUGUUGUGUCUGUGUGGACGCAUCUACAAGGAUAUAUUUGUUGAAUCGGAUUACACGGAUACGGUUAGCUUGAAGAAUGCCAUCAAAUGGUAUCGCCAAAGUUUCGAGGUACAACCAAAUGAAUAUGCCGGCAUUAAUUUGGCCACCCUCUUGGUUAUCGAUGGUAAAGAGUUUUCCAAUACGGAAGAACUGCGGCACAUUGGUAUGACUCUUAAUAAUUUGAUUGGCAAAAAGGGUAGCCUGUCUUCGCUAACGGAGUACUGGGAUGUGGCUACAUUCUUUGAAAUAUCCGUCUUAGCUGAAGAUUAUGCCAAGGCCAUAAAGGCGGCGGAAUGUAUGUUUAAGCUGAAACCUCCCGGCUGGUAUCUAAAGUCCACAAUAGGCAAUAUAAGUCUCAUACAUAGAUUUCGUAAAAAAGGCGAUGAUCAUCAGCCCAAUAUUGAGGAGCAAAUUUUUCAAUUUUGGAUGGAUUUCUUCUUGGAUGCCACCGAUAGCAGUAAAAUAAGUAAUAUUCGCUUUCCCAUAUUGAUUUUGGAACCGCAAAAAAUCUACAUGCCCAGCUAUGUCAACAUCAACAUGGAUGCCGAAGAGAAGUCUAUACAAAUCAUCAACAUCUGUCUGGCCCAUGCCAAAAAUGAAUGUAAAAAAGUCCAUGAUUUUGUGUUCACUGCCUCGCAAAUCAAAUCAGUUAGCCUGUAUAAACGUGACGAUCGUUGUGCCUAUCUGUAUGUUCAUCAUAAUUCAGAUGAUUUUCAAAUUUAUUUCCCCUCGACGGAAUGUCGUCAACGAUUUUAUGAGUUGAUUUUGGAAAUGGUAUCCGAUCAAGAUGUUUUCGUCAAUUUAAAUGAAGAAGAGACGCCACAAAUUGAAUACGAAUAUGAUUAUGAUGAUCAAAAUCGUAAAAUCAUUUUGGGCAAGGGAACAUAUGGUACGGUAUACGCUGCCCGUGAUAAACACACACAAGUGAGAAUAGCCAUAAAGGAGGUGCCCGAAAAGAAUUCACAAGAAGUCCAACCACUACACGAAGAGAUUAAACUGCAUUCGCAGCUAAGGCAUCGGAAUAUUGUGAGGUACUUGGGCUCACUCUCCGAAGAUGGUUAUUUCAAAAUUUUCAUGGAGCAAGUUCCCGGUGGUUCACUCUCCGAUUUGUUGGAAAAGAAAUGGGGUCCCCUAAAGGAUAAUGAAUCGACUAUGGCAUUUUAUUCAAAACAAAUCCUCGAAGGCCUCAAAUAUUUGCAUGAGCAAAAGAUUGUACAUCGUGACAUCAAGGGUGAUAAUGUAUUGGUGAAUACGUACAGUGGUGUGGUAAAAAUUUCCGACUUUGGUACCUCAAAACGUUUGGCUGGCAUUAAUCCAAUGGUCUCCACAUUUACUGGAACUCUACAAUAUAUGGCACCCGAAGUUAUUGAUUUGGGUUUUCGUGGCUAUGGUCCUGCAGCUGACAUCUGGUCAUUUGGUUGUACAAAUGUAGAAAUGGCAACGGGUAAGAGGCCAUUUAUAGAACUCGGAUCAGCCCAGGCGGCCAUGUUUAAGGUGGGAUUCUAUAAAAAACAUCCCACAAUACCGGAUGAACUGUCACAGGCUGCCAAGAAUUUCAUACUGCGUUGCUUUGCCAUUCAAGAGAAUGAGAGGCCCACGGCGGCCCAGCUAUUGGAGGAUCCUUUCUUGACAGACAAACAUCGCAAACUGAGACUUGGGCCACCAUCAACAUCCGACUUCAAUCGCAGUAUUUCGGUGCCAGCAGAUCGUUUGGUUAGCAGGCCUAGGUCUGGUAAUACACCAACAACACCAGAAAUUGAAGGUUUCCACAGUACCUCCGUUGAUAUUGAAAAUCUUCCCAGCCAUCAAUCGCUUACCAUGACAAUGGAACGUCGCAACUCUUCCGGCACCCUGCUCUCACCCGAAAUCGAGGUCUCCACGCCAUCAUUGCGUACCGGUGCCAGUUCGGAGACAAGCGAAACAAAUGAUUUCUACCAUCUCAAAAAAGAAUCUCAACGUCGUACAACCCUCUCUAAAGUCUUAACGACGGAUGAGUCUAAGAUAUGCGAUUUAUGGCUUGAAAAAUUAAAUGAGGAACACAAUAAUAUUGUGUCCUUAACCAAGGCGGAACUACAGAAACUCAUACACGGCAUAAGGGAGUAUAUUAUGAACGAGAAAGAGAAACAUUUGGAGGCUUGCAUAAAUAGCUUAAAAGAAGAACUUAAAUAUGAUGCCACAGCUUUGGAUCAUUUGCAUUUGGCUUUGUAUUCAUUUCAAGAUGCUGUCAUUUCGGUCCUGAGAUUACACUCCAUCAAACCCCAUUGGAUGUUUGCCCUGGAUAAUUUGGUAAAACAAGCUGUACAGGCUUGUGUCAUGAUUCUAUCCCCCGAAUUGGGUGCCAAUUUACUGGGCAAAGAUCCGUCUUUGAUCGAUGAUGAAAGUGUACACAAUCAACAGCACACAUCGACGGACAGCCAGGAGAAAAUGAUAGCCUAUGAGGCGGCACAUGCCCAAAGUACCACGCCCGCCAUGGAUGAGGAUAGUACCAGUUUUUCGUCCACCGAAUGUGUACGCUUGUUGCGUGACAUCAAGGAAUCGAAUCGUAAAUUUCACUACCAGCAUUUGGAGCAUCAAAAACAGAGUCUUAAGGCCUUGCAGAAUAUAAGCAAAGAAUUGGCCCACUUCUAUAUGGGCCGCAAGAGGACAAGGCGAUCACGUUAUAACACAACGGCCAGUAAAAAACCUAAUCGACAGUAUAAACGGCAAUUUGCACGUCGUUCCUUUAGCAUUUACAAUGGUGGUCUACAGGAAGUCGACGAACAGCUGGAGGAGUGGUUGACCCGCAACGAUGUCGAUGAAAUAUCCAAAAAUGUUAUCCUCAAUGAAGGUUUCUCCUAUGAAGAUUUUAUUUAUAAUAUGGAUAAAUUGGAUUUAAUGCGUUUGGAAUUGAGAUUGGGUAUUGAAGUACGCCUGUGGUCGCUAAUAACGCAAAUUCGCGCACAAACUGUGCCAAUGAAUAUCGGCAAUUCGUCUGAAGAUCGGCAAUCGACGAAUUCAUCAUCCUAUGUAAAUAAUAAUAUUGCCUAUAGCAAUAAUAAUAUGUUGAAUAACUUAAAUAACAAUACUACUACAACAACCACAACAACAAACAGCAAUAACAACAAUAACAAUACGGUGGCCUUAAAUCAUAAACCAACACGCAGCUCUUUAAGACGUAACAGUAGCAAACGUUGUGACAGUGAAUAUGAUUCGUGUAGUGAAUAAGUUGUAAAAAAGAAGAGGAUUUUUUUUCACCCCUAACCUCACUCCUCUUUUUGAUUUUUGUAUUUUUUUAAAUGUUCUUAAAAAUACAAAAGAAAAAAAAAGCGCACAUAUUAAUCAACUCAAGGUUUUCCUUCUUCGUUUUUAAAGAAAAAGGAUAUAACUUUUUGAAAUUAAAUACAUUUUUGUUUUAAUUGUUAAAUUAUUAUUAAUUAAUAAUUUUCAUAUCUUGUUCUUCUCCUUAUACUCCUCCUUCCCUAACAUUGUAAUUUAAUUUUUAAAUUUUAUUUUUUAAAGUUUAUUUAUUUUUUUCUUUUUGUGAAAAAAACUUAUAAAUAUAAAUAUUUUUAAUAUAACUUUUCUUCCAUGUCCGCUUCCCUGCCCUGCCCCCAUCUCCAUUGACUUUGUGCCUUCGACAGAAGUUAAAGCUGAUGAAAAAGUAAACAAACAAAAAAAACCUGUUAAGUUUAAAAAUAAGAAACAAAAUGAAAUAUAAUUCUUUGAAAAGAAAAAAGAAAUUCUACAAAAUAAUAGUGCAGAUUCUAUUAACAUUGUUACCUUAAAAUAGUUACGGCCUUAAUUGUUAUUAAAUGUUUGUAUUUGUUUCUCACAACAUAAA